AUGAACAGCGAAUAUGACUACUUGUUUAAGCUUCUGCUGAUCGGAGAUUCAGGUGUGGGCAAAUCCUGUCUAUUGUUGAGGUUUUCCGAUGACACGUACACGAACGAUUACAUUUCCACAAUUGGGGUGGAUUUCAAGAUCAAGACCGUGGAGCUCGACGGCAAGACCGUGAAACUGCAGAUUUGGGACACAGCCGGCCAGGAACGGUUCAGAACCAUCACCUCGUCGUACUACAGAGGUGCUCACGGUAUCAUCAUUGUGUAUGAUGUGACGGAUCACGACUCGUUCAACGACGUUAAGAUGUGGCUGCAAGAGAUCGACCGCUACGCUACAGCGGGGGUGCUGAAACUAAUGGUGGGUAACAAGAGCGAUCUGCAAGACAAGCGGAUGGUCGAGUACGACGUGGCAAAGGAGUUUGCGGACUCGCUGCAGAUCCCAUUCUUGGAGACCAGUGCUCUGGACUCGUCCAACGUGGAGGAGGCGUUCUUGACCAUGGCUAAGCAGAUCAAGGAGAGCAUGGCGCAGCAGCACAAGGACACUGGAAAGAAGGACGACAAGGCGAACGUCAACCUCAAGGGCCAGAGUCUGUCGAACGCCUCAGGCGGGUGCUGCUGA